UUAGGAGUGUAGUGUAUUUUGACUGCUGUGUAGACUGUGUACAUAACAAAAUUUGUUUACGGUUCUGCAUAUUCUGUACAUAAGAGGAAAAUUUACGACCAAUUUCUAUCGUGUUUUAUGUUUCAUUGAACGUUUCCCAACACAGUUUAGAUCACGAGCAACAGUGAAUCUCGUGAACACAAAAAGGAUUAUAUUGUUAAUUUUUUAAAAUCUUUACACCACUAACAUCCCCCCUUCGCUGCUAUGAGCAACGCUGUAAUGAUGGAUUUCGAAUUCAAGAUGAAAACUCAGCAGGAGCGAGCCAAAGUGGAAGAUCUGUUCGAGUACGAGGGCUGCAAGGUGGGCCGUGGAACGUAUGGUCAUGUUUACAAAGCUCACCGGAAGGAAAGUAACGACACGAAGGAUUACGCGCUGAAGCAAAUUGAAGGGACCGGGCUGUCGAUGUCGGCAUGCAGAGAAAUUGCGCUGCUACGUGAAUUGAAGCAUCCCAAUGUGAUCAAUUUGAUUCGCGUAUUUCUAUCGCACACCGAUAGAAAGGUGUGGCUUCUAUUUGACUACGCCGAACAUGAUCUGUGGCAUAUCAUUAAAUUUCAUCGCGCAGCCAAGGCUACCAAGAAGCCUGUCAUGGUACCAAAGGGAAUGGUCAAAAGUUUGUUGUAUCAGAUUUUAGAUGGAAUACACUAUCUGCACAGCAAUUGGGUUUUGCAUCGAGAUUUGAAACCAGCAAACAUUCUUGUGAUGGGUGAAGGCAACGAGAGGGGCCGGGUUAAGAUUGCCGACAUGGGAUUCGCUAGAUUAUUCAAUGCUCCUUUGAAACCGUUGGCAGAUUUAGAUCCCGUUGUGGUUACCUUUUGGUACCGAGCUCCGGAAUUACUGCUGGGAGCCAGGCAUUACACGAAAGCCAUUGAUAUUUGGGCUAUUGGAUGCAUUUUUGCCGAGCUGCUGACUUCUGAACCUAUAUUCCAUUGCCGGCAAGAGGAUAUUAAAACGAGCAAUCCCUAUCACCACGACCAAUUGGAUCGCAUCUUCAACGUGAUGGGAUUCCCACAGGACAAGGAUUGGGAAGACAUUCGAAAGAUGCCGGAACAUCACACAUUGACCAAGGAUUUCAAGCGGUCUACCUACGCAAAUUGUUCAUUGGUGAAGUACAUGGAGCGUCAUAAGAUCAAACCAGACAGCAAAGCGUUCCAUCUGCUGCAGAAGUUGUUAUUGAUGGAUCCCAAUAAGCGAAUUACCUCUGAACAAGCGAUGCAAGAUCCGUACUUCUCCGAAGAUCCCCUCCCAACUGCCGAUGUUUUCGCUGGAUGUCCGAUCCCAUACCCUAAACGUGAAUUCCUGACGGAUGAGGAUCAGGAUGAUAAAGGCGAGAAACGUCAACAGCAACAGCAGGCAAAUCAGCAGCAGGCGCAACAAAACCAACAACAGCAAGGCAAUCAUCAAGCUCAGCAACAGAACCAGCAACAGCAACAAGCUAAUCAACAGAACCAACAGUCUCAACAACAGCAGCAGCAGCAGCAACAACAGCAACAAGGCCAAGGCGGCGCUAUGGAUCAUAAUGCCGCUAAACGGGUACGCAUGUCGGGUCCAAACGGUCAACCUGGUAACGGAAUGAACCAGCAGGAUUACCAACAGCAAGCACAACAAGCGGCUGCCGCAGCAGCUCAACAGCAGCAACAGCAGCAGCAAAUGAUGUUCAAUAAUCCUCAGCAGGGUGGAUUCCAGCAGCGAUAUUAAAGAGUUUGUAUGCUAGUUUACAUUCUAAAUUAUACAUUAGAGGUAGAAGCUAAGGUUUAGACUUGAACAAUACGACAAGUAAGAUACUUCUAUUGGAGUGAAAUUGGCUCUGAUUGACUCCAAGCUCCAAGAAAUCUUUCCAAUAUCUCUCAUAAUACAUA